AUGCGGCCGGGGCAGAUACUCCGGCAACCGGGGCUCGCGCAGACGUUCCAGGCUAUCGUCGAAGGCGGGCGCGAUGCGUUCUACGAGGGCGAGACGGCCCGGGCCAUCGUCAGGUUCAGCGAGCAGCAGGGUGGGAUAUUGUCGGUCAAGGACCUGGCCGACUGCCGCUCGCGGUGGGAGGCGCCCAUCUCCACCACCUACCACGGCCAUACGGUCUACGAGGCGCCGCCCAACUCCAGCGGCCAUGUGCUGCUGCAGGAGCUGAACAUCGUCGAGCAGUUCGAUCUCAAGGCCCUGGGCUGCAACACGCCGGAGAGCAUCCACAUGAUGGUGGAGGCCAAGAAGCUGGCCUUCGCCGAUCGUGAGGCCUACAUGGCCGACCCCGACUGGGUGGACGUUCCCGUCGCCGGUAUGCUGUCGAAGCAGUACGCCGCCGAACGCGCGAAGCUCAUCGACCCCCAGCGGGCCGCUGCCGAUGUUAGCCACGGCGAUCCGUGGAGCUACCAGCCGGCCAACUACGGGCGACGGCCCCGGCCCGCUGCGGCGGCGGCGAUGCAGGAGGAGGACACCACCUGCUUCGUGGUGGUUGACAGGUGGGGCAACGCCGUCUGCCAGCUACAGAGCAUCCAGAGUUCGCUGGGCUCCAGCAUCGUGGCCGGCGACACCGGCAUCCUGCUAAACAACCGGAUGACCUACUGGCACCUCGACCCCGACCAUCCAGACUGUCUGCAACCGGGCAAGCGGGUGCGCCACACCAUGAACCCAAUCAUGGUCUUUCGGGAUGCCGGCGAGGCACAGCACGCCUUCCAGAACGGCGGCUCACGGAACGGCGGCACUGGGCACGGCAGCCUGGCGCUGGUCUGCGGCACUCCAGGCGCCGACACGCAGGUGCAGACUAACAUGCAGGUCAUCACCCACGUUCUGGACUUUGGAAUGACGGUGGCGGAGGCGGUGGAGGCACCGCGCUGGCGCAACACACACAGCCCAACGGAGUCCAACAUUCCCCACGAGUGCGAGAACCUGCUGUACGUGGAGUCGCGGUUCCCCGCCGAGACGUUGGACGGCCUGCGGCAGCGUGGGCAUACUCUGGAAGUGAUGCAUGGCUGGGGCGCGUCGGGCAGCGAGAUGAUGAUCAAGGUGGACGAGGAAACCGGCGCCUCCGGGCUUAGCGCGUUGCAGGGCGCCGCGGACCCACGGCGCGACGGUUACGUCAUCGGCUGGUAG